UCAAUAAAAAAUAUGUUUAUUCCCUCCCCUUUAUUCUCAGUAUAAGAAAAACACAUGCUUUGUAUAUAUAUUUUUUUCUCUUUUUUCUAUAUUUUUGCAAAUGAAAAAAAUGGAAAAUAAGAACGAAUUAGAGUAUCAAGAAAAGUUGAAUGUAUUAGAAAGACAGCGAGAAAGUUUAGAAUUGAUGAUGCAAAAGAUGGAUGAAGAAUGGGAAGAAAGCGGUACAGGCAUUGGUUGGAUAUCAAGUGAUAUCGUUCAGCAACAACAACAGUACCUUCAUUCUCUACUGAAUGCCAAUGAUCAAACAGUAGCAAAGGCCUCUCUUGUCUCUCCUCUGGCGCACAGUACCGAAUUGCCUACGAGUCAAAGUGAUAAAGAUAAAAAAAAGACUUGA